GUCAUUAACAUGCGACGUAGACCGUCGGCGCUGCUGUAGAAAAGCUGUUAGGUGUUGUUAUGGACGAACUGAAAGGUUAUUUAUGAAGUGAGGCGAAUGUACGUUGUUAGUUGCUUCUUAUUAGAUAAGUUGAAGACUCUUUCGUGCUGAUGCGACACCAAAUAGGUUAUAGUUUUAUUCGCUAGCAGUGUUAAAAAUGAUGGAGGAUUUCUCAGGCCUGGCUUUGCCUCCUCUCUUUGGUGGUCACAUCCUGGAAGCCGAACUGGAGGCUGCGGGCGUCGAGCUGGCUUCAGGAGCCACCGAGAUCCUGGAGAGCGGAGGACCUCCUCAGGAUGAACAGAAGGACACGAGGGACGUGGACAAGAGGAAAUAUCAGGCUCUGAGCAAAAGGGUCAAGGAGCUUGAACAAGUGAACGAGAGGACGCUGGCUCGCCUUCACCAUGUCCAGAGACUCACACGCAGACUGAAGAAAGAGAGAAGGUUCCUCAUGAAGACUCUGGAUGCGUACAGAGACGAUUACAGGAAUGCCGAGAUCACAAUACCGCUAGAUGAUGAGGGCGGAGCCAAUUUAGACGGUGCCCCAGGAGGAGAGGACGAUGGCUCCUCCCCCUCCGCCACUAACCAAUCGGCAUGCGGAGUGAAGAAAAAGCGGCAUCGGGUUCCAAAGGAGCGAGAGAGAGACUCUCAAGCCGAGUCGGAGCUGUGCAUGAUGUCCGAGACAACGUUCCCGAGCCCGAACUCCCUCUCGCACUGAACUCCACCUCCUCCAGUCUGAAAUGAAACUGUGUACACGCUCGAAUGUGGUUUAGAGACCAAGACAGUGAGAGAGAGAGAGAGAGAGAGGGUGAUUCGCCAACAGGGACAGGAACCUUACAGCCACCAGUUUAGCACACACUUUGUCCCGUAGUUGUCUGUGCAGAAGAAAUGAUUCGGAUGAAAAUAUAGUUCAUGAUUAAUUUGUAUAUUUUAAAAACAGUGCCUUUUUUUGUGAUGUACCUGAUUCAGGCAUGCAUGAAUGAAAAAUGCUAAACUA